AUGACAAUAAUUUACAUGCAUUUAAGAUAUUGUGGGUAUGGGUACAAAUUAUUUGAAAAUGUUAUAAGAAAUCAUUAUGUUGGUGACAAUAUUUGUCCAAGAGCAAGAUUUUUUGCACAGUUUCAUGCUUCUUGUACUACACAAAAGAAAGAGGAUAUAUUGAAGGAGUUAAAGAAGUCAGAUUCACGAAUUAGAGUAGUAUUUGCUACAACUGCUCUAGGUAUGGGUGUUGAUGCUCCAAAUAUAUCUAAUAUUAUUCACAUAAGUCCUCCAUCAACAUUAGAGUCAUUUGUGCAAGAAAUUGGAAGAGGAGGAAGAAAUGGUGUAGCUUGUGAUUCACUUUUAUAUUUCAACAAUUCUGAUUUGGCAUCUAAGUAUAUAAGUGAGUCAAUGAAAAAAUACUGUGUAUGGGAUAGAUGUCUCAGAGUAUUUUUGCUAAACUAUUUUGGAUUUAAGAGUAAAACUCAGAUUAACUGUUGCAAGAACUGUAAUGUUGGUGCUGAUUCUACAAUUGAUAUCAAAUUAAACGCACUUGACGACAAUAAGAAGAUAGCACGCAACAUAGUUGGGGCUGAUAUGGAGAUGCUUAAAGUAGAAUUGUUAAAAACGGUUGAAGAUAUCAAUUCUGAUGAAAACGUGAUGUUUCCUUUCCACAGUAAAAUUAACACUAACAUUGUAAAUGAAAUCUUGAGAGAAUUAGCAUUUAUUUCUUGUGAAUCAGACUUACUUUCUAUGUUUGGUAUUUAA